AUGUCCUCUCUCACCAACCAUUCCCGGGAAGGCUCCGGAGGUGACUUCGCUGGGGAGGGCUGGGGAGGAGAAGGGGCCCCGGUGGCCUGUGCCGGGCGCGGUGACUGGCAGCUCGAGCUAUCGGAGCUGCUGCGGAAAGACUGCGGGGCAGCACGCCUGAGCAGGGACCGACCCAAGAGACUGGGCCAGGGGCCGUGCCCUGAGUCCGUCGCUCCGGGUCCCUCGGGCUCCGCCUCGGGUGGGAACAAAGGCAGCACGUGCGGGCGGGGCCGGGGCGGGGCCGGGGCCGCGUGCUGCUGCCGCCGCCGCUGCCGCCGCGGGUGUCUCGGGAUUCUGAAAUGGAACGCGGACACUAGAGGCGCCUCCUCCGGCUCCGGCUCCGGCUCCGGCUCCCGCCCCGGCCUCAGAGCGGCGGCUGCGAGCGCCGAGAGCGGCCACGGCCACGGCCACGGCCACGGCGGCGGCUUCCCCAGCGGAACGAGGCAGGCCCGGCGGCUGGCCGGCCGGCGCGUGGGCAGGGCGCGCGGCCCCGACGGGUCGCUGGGCUCCGGGAGCGCGGCGGCGGCGGCGGCGGGGGCGGCGGCGGGGGCGGCGGCGGGGGGCGGCGGGGGACGGCGGGGGACGGCAGGAGGCGGGGCCGGAGCCGCCGGCUGCAGAACCUUGGACAGAAGCUUGAGCCCGAGCCCGGAGCCCCUGCGCGCCCCUGCGCGCUCUGGCCGCCGCCGCUGUCCCUGCUGCCGCCGCUGUCCCUGCGGCGGGCGAGCCACAGAGGGAGCGGCUCCGGGUGCGCACUGCGGAGGGCGGGAGCCGAGCCAGCUCCGAGGAGGAGCCGCGCUGCGCCGCCGCUGCUUCUGCUGCUUCUGCUGCUUCUGCUGCAGCUGCGGGGGCCGAGCUCCCGAUCUGAAGGGGGCCGCUUUUCAUCCGAGUCCUGCCCCUCCCUGAGUCCCAACCCCCCAAUCCAGGGGCGGCUAAGGAGAAGGUAUUCUUGAGCCAGGCUCUGGCCCUGGCAGGCCGGGCACCCAGGUGGACUGCCCUUGCCUCCUCCCAGCCUCUCGCUUGUGCUUCUCACCUGACACCAUGGGCACGGUCCUGUCCCUGUCCCCCAGCUACCGGAAGGCCACACUCUUUGAGGAUGGCUCCGCGACGGUGGGCCAUUACACUGCUGUGCAAAAUAGCAAAAAUGCCAAGGACAAGAGCUUGAAGAGACACUCCAUCAUCUCCGUCUUGCCCUGGAAGAGGAUCGUGGCUGUGUCAGCCAAGAAGAAAAACUCCAAGAAGGUCCAGCCCAACAGUAGCUACCAGAACAACAUCACUCACCUGAACAAUGAGAACCUGAAGAAGUCGCUCUCCUGUGCCAACCUGUCCACAUUUGCCCAGCCUCAGCCCACCCAGCCUCCGGCCCCCAGCACCAACCAGCUGUCUGGAUCCCAGACUGCUGUGUCCUCUGUCAAGAAGGCCCCCCACCCCAACUCCAUUGCUCCUGGGACGCCCAAGCGGGUCAUCGUCCAGGCCUCCACCAGCGAACUCCUGCGGUGCUUGGGUGAGUUCCUGUGCCGGAGAUGCUACCGCCUGAAGCACCUGUCCCCCACGGACCCAGUGCUCUGGUUGCGAAGCGUUGACCGUUCACUGCUCCUUCAGGGCUGGCAGGACCAGGGCUUCAUCACGCCGGCCAACGUGGUCUUCCUGUACAUGCUCUGCAGGGACGUCAUCUCCUCUGAGGUCGCCACGGACCAUGAGCUACAGGCUGUCCUGUUGACCUGCCUGUACCUCUCCUAUUCCUACAUGGGCAAUGAGAUCUCCUACCCCCUCAAGCCCUUCCUGGUGGAGAGCUGUAAGGAGGCAUUUUGGGACCGCUGCCUCUCCAUUAUCAAUCUUAUGAGCCCCAAGAUGCUACAGAUUAAUGCUGACCCCCACUACUUCACUCAGGUAUUUGCUGACCUGAAGAAUGAGUGCAGUCAGGAGGACAAGAAUCGGCUCCUUAUCGGGCUUGACCGGUGAAUUCCACUCGUGCGUGCCGCGGCUUAUGGGAACAGUACAUUUUUUAAUUUAUUAUUAAACACAAAGUUUUGUGAACAUACGUGUCUAGCAAAGCCACCGAAGGGCCUCCCCGUUAUCGGCCUCCCUCGCCCCUGGUCUAGUCCAGCCCUGGCCCUUAACUUUCCACUGCUCUGGGGAGCAUUUUUGUCUGCGGACCUUUUGCAAAAUUUAGGUAACGAUUUCCAAGUUGUUUUCUGGCCACUGAAUCCUUGCUUUCUGUAACGUCCAAGGACUGGCUACUCUUGCCCCUCAGCGACGCCCCCUUUCCCCCCUUUCCCCUUUGCCUGGUCCUGGAAAUGGGGUGAAGUGAGGAGGUGUUGAACUUUGAGAUGGAGAGGCCUUAGCUUAUCCCAGAGACCCUUGUUCUGGAAAUGGAUCUUGCCCUUCCUGGCCCGAGUCCCCUUCCUUGAUCCCAGGGAGGGGAGGAGAUUCAUUUCCUCAAGUGGCAGCUGUGUCAUAAAUGACUGGGGGUUCCUCCCAAGGAUGUCAGCCUGGGCCUCGCUAAUGUACCGAGCCGGAACCUGUCCCAGUUCCUGGCUUGCCCUGGAACCAACAGAAAUGUUGGUGGCCGGCGUGGCCCAUAUCGCUCUAAUUAGCAGGAAAUGGCUGAUAGAGGGAAGAAAACCAAUCUUGAAUUUUUUUUUAACCCUAUGUUAUGCUGAGUAUUUGGGGGAGAAAUUCCUCGAGAGUGGGAAAAGAGAAGGCCUGCUCUUUAGAAUCCCACCCUCUCUGUCCUGCCCUGCUUUACCCCAGGCCCUAUGUGUUCGCCCCUGGCUAGUGAAGCUGGGCAGGCUCAUGUGGCUAUUUGGAUUAUGGUAGUCCCAGGAAAAGGGUGGGACUGUGCUUAGGGAUACCUGCUUUUUCUGAUGAAUAAUUUAUCUCAAUAAUGCCACUUAGUCACCUGGUGUGUCAUCCCUGUGGAUGGGGGAAACGGCCGGAGCUGCCUGGUAGCAGCCUGGCUCCCUUGUGGGUAGACCCAGUGGACUCCUGGAGUUGGUACCUGGCUCAGAACUGGUGCCACUUGCACGUCCACAUGGCACAGGGCCUGCAACUUGGUUCAGUUGAUCUGGGCCUGCCCUGAUGUCAGAGUGCCCCCACAUGCCCCCCCAAACAGCUUGUGAAAAGCCCCCCACAGGCCCCAGGACAGGACAGUUGGAUCUUGUAGACAAUUCUGAAAUUUGGACUUAGCCCCAAAUUGUUUCCUGGACCUGUUCCACUGACCACUGGUGGCUGCCACGGACACUAUGCUUGUGACACUGUGGACACUCUUCUCCUUUGGCUCCCUUUAUUUAGUGGCACGGGACUCUGGGGAAGGCCGAGAGGGGGGAGCAAAUCUGUUUCAGCAACCCUUCGCCCUGGCUGUGGGGAACAAAGGGGGCCGAUGCUACAAAAGAUUCUUCUCCUUGGCCUGACAGCACAGGGGAAGGUGACCCUGUUGGUGCCGGCAUUCUUACAGAAUGGGCGAAUCCAGGGUCAUUUUGCUUAGGGUUAGGUAGGACACUAAUUAGAUGGCUGCUGGAGUCAGCAGCAAAAAAAGACUCAGAAUGCAAAGUCAAAAUGUAUUUUUUUUUAACAAAAAAAAAUGAAGAGAAAGCUGUGAAAUCAAGGCCUUCACCUUCCGAGGUUUAGAGCAGGCAGCCAGCUCGAGUCCAGUGGUGCCCACGGGGACAUUGGGGAGGUGCCUGGCUUGCGUGGCAAGAAGGGAGGGAGUGCAUCUGCCCCGGCUUGGUGGUGAGGCCUAAACUGAGCCAUUAACAUGGACUGUAAGACAUUUUUUCGACAUGGAGUUGGAAGAAGGAGCCCCCCAGCAGAGUGACCAGCACGACGGCCAGCUGGACAGCUGGAGUCUCCCUUGUGGUUUUCCCAUGGCCCGUUCCUUUUCUGCUCCCGCAUCAUGUGAAGAGCUCUGGCACCCCGACUCCCCAGGUCACAGAAGAAGGAGAGAGAGAGUUGUUGCCGGAGGAUUGGGCUGACUUGCUCUUCAUCCCAAGGCAGGCUGGCUGAGCCUGGACUGAAUGGAACUCUGUGGUUGGACUCCUUUGAUUGGCUUCCAGUUUGGGGUCUGUUUCCUUCUCUUUCCCUGUAUUUAUUUAUUUUUUCCCUGGGGAGGAGGAGGAGGAGGAGGAGGUCGAAAUUUCCGAGGUGGUUAGGGCCUAAAGGAAAAGAAAUCAACCCUGUAGUUAAAUCAUUGUAAAGUGUAUUGUUCCCUGCCCCUCUCCUUCCCUGCACCGAUCGCCAGUGUUGUGUAAAGGACCAACUGAUAUACUUGAGUGUGCAAGCAAUGAACACAACUGACAUGCUGCUAUGAAGAAUACUUUUAGAACAAAAAGAAAAAAAAAGAAAAAAAGAAACUUACCGACAAAAAAAAACAACCCCCCCAAAACAACAAAACCAACCCUUUUCUUCUUGAAUUGUUGCUUUUCCAGUGAUCUUGUGCAUGCAAACAGGCGCACUUUGUGUCUUCAGAAAAUAAUCUUAGAACAGAUGGCUGUGAACAUUUACACCCAUGCACAAACCAAGUCAGAGGAAUCUUUCUCGGUGUCUGGUUUCUCUCCUUUUUCCCCCUUUCUUCCCAUCAGCCCUGGGGGGGGGAUUGAUGGAUUUCUUACCGCGCAGAUGGAGGGCUUAGUUUGGUUCCAGCAGUUGUUAAACUGGCAGUGAAAAAAAAUUGUGCCAUUUCCCCCCUUCCUGCCCUCUCCCCCACCCCCCCACUUGAAAUGAUCCACAGCUGUAUAUCUGAAACCGCUAAUUACCCCGUGCGUGUGGUGUACGUUUUCUUUUUUUUAGUGCAAUUUCUUCCGUAGAUCUCCUUUGACCAAAUCGUGGGUGUUGUUAAUAUUAAUUUAUAUUCGUCUCAUUUCGUAUGUAUGUGUAGCGUGUUUGUAAGUAUGUGUGAUUUAUAAUCUGACAAAGUCAUGAAGCUCAGUCUGGCUGUAAUUUAAUUCCCUCCCCUUAUUUUUAUUUAUUUUUGUACCGUGCUGAUUAAAUAAAAUGCACUGACCAUCCA